AUGGACGCGAAUGCUGCACACAGAGCCCAGCUUGAAGGUGCUGCUGAAGAUGUGGCUGAGACGAAACAGUAUCUUAUAGAUCUUGACCGACGGCAAAACCAGUUUAGGGAGGCCAGGCGCGCUCUUCAGAAAAAUGGGGCGGGUGAAGAAGUGUGGUUGUUAUGCAGCGGCAAGGUUUUCGUGAAGUCUGAAUUGCGACAUGGAGGAGUGCUUAACUACUUAUCGUGGAAGUUGAAUGGUGGAGAAAAAGAAAUUGAGAGAAGUCGCGAGGAGCUGAAGUCAAAGGUGGCUUACCUGGCAGAAUUGGAAGGUCCAGAUCAACCUCUUUCUCAUCUGUAUAAAGGGUUUGAGUUGCAGUCCAUUAAGCAAUACCAAGACUGA